AUGCAGGCGGACCGCGGCGCUCGGGGCGGCCACGGACGCCGGCCCGGCCGCGACCGGCCCGGCGGGGACCGCGACCGCGAGAGGGCGGCGGCGGCGGGCGGCGGCGGCGGGGACGGAGGCCGCCGGGGCCGCGGCCGGGGCUUCCGCGGCGGCCGGGGACGAGGCGCCCCGCGGGGCGGACGCCGGGAGCAGGGAGGCCGCGGCGCCGGAGCCAGAGCGCCGGUGGAAGAUGGCAGUGAUGCAGAGACCUAUGGAGAAGAGAAUGAUGAACAGGGAAAUUAUUCUAAGAGAAAGAUAGUCUCUAACUGGGAUCGAUAUCAAGAUACUGAAAAAGAAGUCGAUAAUGAAAGUGGAGAAUCGCAGAGGGGGACGGACUUCAGUGUUCUCCUCAGCUCUGCAGGGGACUCCUUCUCACAGUUCCGGUUUGCUGAGGAGAAAGAGUGGGAUGGUGAAGCUUCAUGUCCAAAGCAGAAUUCAGCAUUUUAUGUGGACUGUGAGUCAUUGGUUCAAGCCCUUCAAGAACUGCCUCUCUCCCUCCGACUCAAUGUUGCUGCUGAAUUGGUCCAGACCACCCUUCCUUUAGAGCUUCCUCAGGUGAAACCAAAGAGAAACGAUGAAGGCAAGGGAGUAGGCAUGCCGCUAAGAGGGCCCCUGGGGCCUGGAGGAAAGGGGUCCGUGUCUGAGCUGAAAUCUGCUGCUGCUGGCUGCCCCGGGGCCCUGGGUAAAGCUGGCCCCGGACCAGGCCCUUCAGAGGGCUCCCAGGAAGCUGCCCCACAGCAGCCAGCAGCGGACCAUCUAGAGGAAGAAUUAGACCUGCUGCUCAGUUUAGAUGCACCUGCAAAAGCAGGAGCGAACAUCUUACCAGACCAGAUGCCUCAGGACCUGGAAUCUGAGAAAGACGGGGAGGUGCUGGCUCAAGAAGAAAAAGAACCACCUGUGGCGGAAGUAAAGAUUGUGGAACCCAAGCAACCAAGCACAUCCAAAAAUGUUACCGAGGAAGAGCUGGAAGACUGGUUGGACAGUAUGAUUUCCUAA